AUGGAAUUGUUGGUGUUAUUGAAAUGGGUGGAGGUCGUAGUAGCAGUAGUAGUAGUAGGGGAGGGGGGACACGUGUGGCGCGACAGGAUGGGAUGGAAUGGGAUGAGAUGGAGGAUCGAUGUGUGGGGAUUGGAGGAUCAAUGUGAUAAGGCUUGUGUAGAAGAUAGGUCUAUGAUUGCAAUUUUACUCAAAAAUUUGGAUGAUUCCAUCCCGAGAUUGCCAGGAUAG